AAAAGACAAUUUGCACUUGUACUGCAAUAGGAUACUAAAGCGACCUUUCUCUGGUGUUGCAGAGUGACCGUCUCUUGAUUAAAGGGGCGAAGAUUGUGAACGAUGAUCAGUCGUUCUGUGCCGACAUCUAUAUGGAAGAUGGCCUGAUCAAGCAGAUUGGAGAGAAUCUGAUAGUGCCUGGCGGGGUGAAAACCAUCGAUGCUCAUGGGCGUAUGGUGAUGCCGGGUGGCAUUGAUGUGCACACACGCUUCCAGAUGCCUGACAGGGGCAUGACUGCUGCCGAUGACUUCUAUCAAGGCACCCGUGCUGCGCUGGCUGGAGGAACCACCAUGAUCAUUGAUCAUGUGGUUUCUGAACCCGGGACGAGUCUGAUGUCGGCCUUCAAUCAGUGGCGGGAAUGGGCUGACAGCAAAGCUUGCUGUGACUAUUCUCUUCACGUGGACAUCACCGAAUGGCACAAGGGUGUUCAAGAGGAGAUGGAGGCACUCGUCAAAGAUCACGGCGUUAACUCUUUCCUCGUCUACCUGGCUUACAAAGACGUUUUCCAGCUCACUGAUUCCCAGAUCUACGAAGUGUUCAGUGUCAUCCGGGACCUCGGGGCCAUCGCUCAGGUCCAUGCUGAGAACGGAGACAUCAUAGCCGAGGAGCAGCGCAGGGUUUUGGAGUUGGGGAUCACUGGACCAGAGGGACAUGUCCUCAGUCGUCCAGAGGAGGUGGAGGCGGAGGCAGUGAACCGCUCCGUAACAGUGGCCAAUCAGACCAACUGCCCUCUUUACAUCACCAAAGUGAUGAGCAAGAGUGCCGCUGAUGUCAUCGCCCAGGCCAGGAAGAAAGGCACCGUUGUGUACGGAGAGCCAAUCACAGCAAGUCUUGGUACGGACGGCUCGCACUAUUGGAGCAAGAACUGGGCCAAGGCCGCCGCCUACGUCACGUCUCCACCCUUGAGUCCGGAUCCCACCACACCGGACUAUCUCAACUCGCUUCUGUCAUGUGGAGAUCUGCAGGUAACAGGAAGCGCUCACUGCACCUUUAACACUGCCCAGAGAGCUGUGGGCAAAGACGACUUCACCCUCAUCCCUGAAGGAACCAACGGCACUGAAGAACGGAUGUCUAUCAUCUGGGACAAAUGUGUGGUAACUGGAAAAAUGGACGAGAAUCAGUUUGUGGCCGUCACCAGCACCAACGCCGCUAAGAUCUUCAACUUGUACCCGCGCAAGGGCCGCAUCGCCGUGGGUUCAGAUGCCGAUCUGGUUCUGUGGGACCCUGAUGUCACGAAGAUCAUCUCAGCGAAGAGCCACAAUCUGGCGGUGGAGUACAACAUCUUCGAGGGCACUGAGGUGCGUGGGGCGCCUCUGGUGGUCAUCAGCCAGGGAAAGAUCGUCCUGGAGGAGGGGAACCUCCACACCACUGAGGGGUCCGGCCGCUACGUGACCCGCAAACCCUUCCCUGACUAUGUCUACAAGAGGAUAAAGGCUCGCAGCAGGCUUGCUGAACUGAGGGGCGUCCCACGGGGUCUCUACGAUGGGCCGGUCUGUGAAGUCUCAGUGACACCCAAAGCUGUGACCCCUGCUUCCUCUGCCAAAACAUCUCCUGCCAAGCAGCCCUCUCAACCGGUCCGCAACCUGCACCAGUCCGGCUUCAGCCUCUCCGGCUCUCAGAUUGAUGACAACAUCCCCCGCCGUAACACUCAGCGCAUUGUUGCGCCCCCUGGUGGCAGGGCCAACAUCACCAGCCUGGGCUAGAUGCCCUCUUCCAGCCGACAGGAAAAUAGGGGGUUGGGGGGGAGGGAUGUCUAUAACGGAGGUGUUUGCUGAGGCCACCGUGCCACAUCAACAACCCUCCACAGGGCCUAUGAUUCUCCACUCCCUAAUCUCCCAACCCCUGAGCUCUCACCCGAUCCCCUUGUUUUUCUUUCCCCAACCUUGCACCACUUCCUAAAGGAGACAUCUAUAGAGAAAAAAAAACAAAGUAUUUGCCUCAUGUGAAGAGAGAAGGAAAAAAUGUAACAUCCACAUUUGAGCACUUCUGAUUGUAUGAUUUUUAUACUGUACUUUCUACCCACAACAAGUCAUGUUAUCAUUUUUGUAUUUAACUUUAUUUGCUUUUUGAAAUCAGAGGGAUCAAGUGCGUGUAUUAGAAAAGCUGUUUAUCAUUGUUACUUAUUAACAAGGUAAGGGUUAGAGUACUGGCUUUCUUGUGUCGUUGUGGCUAAAAGUCUAUUAUAUUAGGAAUGUUGUUAUUUCUGGGAAUCUUUUAUUACGUUUUUUAUACUCAAUCAUU